AUGGGAUUAUCAGAUAAUAUAGUCGGUUACCUGCUACAACAAUACCAAGAACAUAAGGUGCUUGGUCUAGCCGCUGUGGUCAUUCCAGUAGCUUACGGCCAGUAUUUCAACGAGACAGAAGACGUUCUUUAUGAUUUUUACCGCCACAAGAGGAAUGCUAGAAGACAGAAUAAAGGUCACAAUCACGUAGGAGGAUUACAUAUAUAUGACGACGAAUUCCACAUGGCAAAGAAACUACACCCCCACACAAAAGUACACCAUCCACCUCCUGGAGAGUGCUGCCCCACGGUUUUGGAGAAAGUUGAACCUACAGGAGGUUCCAAUCAGGACGGUCUGUACGUCGAAUUGUACCAGGAUCAAAAUUACAAGCAAAGGUUUUACGACUUAUCUUGCCAUUCCGACGUCCUGAACAAGCCUUGCCAAUACAUCAACAGGACAGCACACAUUUCCAGGUGCGUGCAACAGUACAGUUACUCGUACGCCCUAGUCAAGAACACGGACAGUAACCGAACCAAGCUAUUCCCAAUGUUUCCUGAUCACCAGCACGGUGGUGCCACCUACACCCUGGAUUAUAUCCGGAUCCGGAGUGGCUGUAGUUGUGAAGUCACGGCAAAGCGAAGGAGAAAGAAAAAAAAUAAUAAAGGCAAUACUUAACGGCCGUGGUGGGGGGUUUGGAACAGUAAAUUUCUUUUAUAAUAUACGGUGGUUCAAAAAUUGUCUUUAAUAGGUAAUAAGACUAUGUCAAACUGAAAAACAUCUACAACUUACAGAUUUUUCUUUAAACUUAGGAAUUUUGUCAAAUCAGUUAUUUACUUUACUCAAUAUCUUGUGAUACAUACCGUAUGUUAUAUUAGAGAUGUAUGUUUUCCACGUAUUACUACAGUAUUGAUGCCAAAGUGAUUAGAUAAUUCGUGAUUCGAGGACGUUCAGACUUCUACGAAAUAUUCCAAGCAUUCCAUGUGUGUGUGUUCUUGGUGGAAAGUUUUCUUUUGAUUUGCUUACAAUAUAUAAUGACAUUAUACUUCUAGUCUAAUAAACACAGUGAAAGCGGUAAGACUUUGUCCAAAUUGUGUAUUAUAUAUAGAGACAAUGUGUUAAACCAUUUAUACCUACGGACUUGUUUACUGAAUGAUAUGUACUCAAAGGACAUUUUUCUGUUAAGACCUGGUAAUUAUUGACACACGCUAGUAUUCAGAGCGUCUAUUUGGUAGUGGGUGUUCCAAAAAUCACGCAAGAUGUAAUUUUGAUAGAAAUUUUUUUCGAGUUAAUAUCUUCAAAAAACAAAAAAAAUGCCUGUUUCACAAACGAUGUUUUUUGUACCUAUAUCGGACAUUUUUCAACGUUUUUUCAUCUUUGGUGUAUAAUUUUAUCAAACUAAUAGUGAAACUGUUCGAUUUCCUGAAGAUGAGCAAUUUUUGUAUCAAUUGCUUUAUUUUGCGUAUACUGGAUGUGUCAAUAGUCAACAAGUCUAAACCAGCACAUCCCUGUGAUCUGGUCUUCAGAUAAACGAGCUUGUGUUUUAACUUAUUUCAAAAUUAUGUCAAGUAUCAGCUGUAGAUUUUUAUCAUUGUAAGCCGGUACUAAAUGUUUGUAUUUUGAGUUCAUUUUAAACAAGUCAGCUAGCAACUGUAUGAAUAUUUGCCCAAUAAACUAUACAUUUGCUCACUAUAUUGUGUCUACGAUGAAUAUUAUAUUAAAUUAUAAUCUGAGCAUAUAAGUGAUUUUCACUCUGGUAACUGUAGAUACCUAUAUACCUCUAUUUGUUUUGUUUAACAUGAACUCCAAAUCUUUAAAAUGGCUAAAACUCAACAAGUGUAUGUAUUUAAUCAUUCAUGUAUGUAGUCAUACUAUUUUUAAGUCAAUAUGUAAGUUUCAGACUGACAAGUGUUUUGCAUUAGAUGGAUUUUGCUCUCAGUAGCGAAAUCUGGGUGUAUUAUAAAAAAAAUGUAAAUUUUCUUACAAAAAACAAUACCUUUUUUAGCAUACCAUGUUCAUUCUUUAACAUUUUUACUUCAUGUUUCAAAUUUUAAAUAAUUUGACGGUUUAUAUAAAUAAACAUUCGUUUAUUAAUGUGAUUCAUUUGAAUUAGUCCAUCUGAUACUAAUAUUAUUAUACAAACUGUUGCGUUCUCCAUCGUUUCCAUCAAGCAAAAAGGUAUUUUCACAAGCCUCACUUUCUGCCUUAAAUCUUCGUCAUUUCUAGUUUAUCAUCAUAUACAUUAUAGUUAAAUAUAUCUAUUAAUUUUAAAAGCAAAAAAAUUUAAUGUUAAAAACAGCGAUAUUUUCAGUUUUAAUGGUUUUACUAGGUAGGCAACUAGUAUUGCGCCUAUGUUAGACUCACACUUCUGCAUACUCGUUUGCUCCUAGCAUAUGAUUGUAUUUGCAAUGUUCUUUGACGCCAUUCAUCUCUAUUUUCAAACGUUUGAAUUCAAUCGUACACAGAUCUGUCUGCCAUUUGUAUUAUUUAAUCAACACAGUGCGUGGAUGAUAGUUCUCUGGGUCUCUUUCCUUCAAUUUCUCCCUGUACUACUAGCUUUUCUAGCGAAUCGUUAUUGUUUCGCAUAAUAUGGCCAACAUAUUUUAUAUCUGUCUGAAUAAUUUUGCUUAGUUAUUCAGUGAUGUUCUGCAAGGAUUGAAACAUUAUUACAUUUCGGAAUCUGGAGAUAUGUCAAGCAUCAUUUUUGUGUUUUCCUUUUUGAUGGAAGGCAUUCUUCUAUGUAAUGUAGGCUAGCUUUCGAAUUUCUCUAUGGUAUGUUCUGUCUUGAUUUUAAUAUCUUCCCAUUAUUAUAUUUCAUUCUUUUGAGUAGCACCCCUCUUUUUUGAGUAGGUAAUUUCAGUUGUUGUGAACCUGUAGACUUGUAUGCUGUGUUUGUUGAUAAGUACCAUUUGUUAGUUGAUUUGAAUGGCAUUUGAGAUUUUGAGGUUACACAUAAAAGACAAUAUGAAAAAACAAAUAUUUUUUUAAUAAUACACCCACCUCUACAUUAAAUAUGGUUACCUUAAGUACUGAUAAGUGUGCUGUAAAUAUUGGUAUCAUUUUCCCAUUAUAGAGUCCUGUGUAAAUUUAUUUCUAAGCUUACUUGUACAUAUUUCAUUUUUAUAGGUACCUAUUUAUUAUUAUUAUCUUAUUUGUAUUUUUUAUAUUUAUUUUUAUAAUGUUUUUAAACAUACCUCAGUUUGUAUUCGAAAUAGUAGGUAUAGUAUUGCAGAAAUUAAAAAGUGGGAUAUUAAGAAUUGCUGCAAAAGUUUAAUAAAUGCGAU